AUGGCUACUCCUGAUAUUCAAGCUAUCUUAGAUGGUAAUACUCAUAAAACCAUCCCAGUUGAAGCUUAUGAUUCAUUGAAAUUAAUUCCUCCAACAAUUCCAACUCCUGAAUUUGAUCCUAUGAUUCAUUUAACUUAUUAUGCUAAUGGUGAUAAUGCAAAAGCAUUUUAUGAAUCAACUAGAAGAUUAACAAUGGAGGAACUUGGAUUAACUAAUCCUAAACAAAUUAGUGAUAUUGGAGUUAGUGAUCCGUUUCAAUUAUUUACAGAUGAAGCUAUUACUAUUAUGAGAAAAGAAGUUUUACAUAAAGAAACAUUUAUGAAGUAUGCAAGAUAUUCAUAUAAUUCAACAUCAGGAAUGGAUUGUGUUAUUAGAGGAUUUGUUAAAGAUAAAGAAGAAAUUAUUUGUCCUUUUAUUUAUUCAGCUUGGACUCAUCCUAAAACUAUGGAGUUGAUUUCAAGAAUGGCUGGUGUUGAAUUAGAAAUAAUUAUGGAUUAUGAAAUUGCUCAUACCAAUAUAUCAAUGAAAUCUUCAAAUGAAGCAGAAGAAGAACGUAUUAAACAUCAACAAGAAUUAGUUCGUCGUGGUUCAACAGGUGAUGAUAUUCCUGCUGUUGUUGGAUGGCAUUAUGAUAGUUAUCCAUUUGUUUGUGUAUUGAUGCUUAGUGAUACUUCUAAUAUGAUUGGUGGUGAAACUUCUUUAAGAAUGGGUAAUGGUAAUGUUGCCAUUGUUCCUAGUCCAAUUAAAGGUUCUGCUAAUGUCUUACAAGGUAGGUUAAUUGAACAUAUUGCUCCUUUACCUUUAGGUAUGAGUGAAAGAAUUACAAUGGUUACUUCUUAUCGUGCAAAGAAUCCUAAAAUUAAUGAUGGUAGCGUUUUGUCUACAGUUAAACCCGAAGUUAAUUGGGGAUCUCGUUAUACUGAAUUCUAUAGUGACUGGAUUGAUUAUAGAAUUAAGUUGAUGAAGGAAAAGUUGGAUUUAAUUAAUGCUGAAAAACUUUCGGAUUCUGGUAAAUUCGAUAAAACUAAAACAAGUGAAGCAUUAAAGGAAGUUGAAGACUAUUUACGUCAAACAUACGCUGAUAUGUAG